UUCCGCAAUUAAUGUCAUCUUCAUCUUUCUCAUACGAAACCCUCACGUUAGCUCUCUGUGAAUUCGAACCUUACCUCUGAUCUCGAUCUCGAAGAAACAUUUCACGCACAAUCACGAUGGAAUUCAUGGAUAACUCAAGGCGACCUUUGAUCCCCAGCUUCCUCUACUCUCCUACGAGAUUCAUUGAUUUUGAGCAAAAUUUGACGGUGAAUCAACGGAACUCUUUUUCGUCUUCGAGGUCUACGCCGUUGGUUUCAUCAUCGCCAUCACCUUCGACGCAGAAAAGAGGUUUCGUGAUACCUGCUCCUAGCGAGCAGCGUAAGAUCGCGAUGUUUUCUCCGGCUUAUUACGGAGCAUGUACAGCUGGUGGUAUUUUCAGUUGCGGUCUCACUCACAUGGCCGUCACUCCGCUGGAUCUCGUCAAAUGUAAUAUGCAGAUAAACCCUACAAAGUACACGGGAAUUGCUUCUGGUUUUGGAGUAUUGCUGAAAGAGCAGGGAGUGAAAGGAUUCUUCAGGGGUUGGGCUCCAACCUUGUUUGGUUACAGUGCACAAGGUGCUUGCAAGUUUGGAUUUUAUGAAUUCUUCAAGAAAACCUACUCUGACAUGGCUGGCCCUGAGUUUGCAACCAAAUACAAAACAUUGAUCUUCCUUGCUGGCUCUGCAUCUGCUGAAUUCAUUGCUGAUAUUGCUCUUUGCCCUUUCGAGGCAGUUAAAGUUCGUGUCCAAACAAAACCUGGAUAUGCCAAAGGUAUUUCAGAUGGCCUUCCAAAGUUUAUCAAAGCUGAUGGUGUCUCUGGGCUUUAUAAGGGAUUAGCUCCUCUUUGGGGACGACAAAUUCCAUAUACAAUGAUGAAGUUUGCAUCUUUUGAGAAAAUUGUGGAGAUUUUGUACAUGUAUGCUAUUCCCAUGCCAAAAGAUCAAUGCAGCAAAAGGUUGCAGCUUGGAGUGAGCUUUGCUGGUGGUUAUGUAGCUGGUGUUUUCUGUGCCAUUGUCUCUCACCCUGCUGAUAAUUUGGUCUCUUUUCUUAACAAUGCUCCAGGUGCUACUGCUGGUGAUGCUGUGAAGAAGCUUGGGAUGGUGGGUCUAUUCACACGUGGACUUCCUCUUCGUAUUUUUAUGAUUGGAACUCUCACGGGAGCACAGUGGGGUAUUUAUGAUGCUUUCAAAGUCUUUGUUGGCCUGCCUACUACUGGUGGUUCUGCUCCUCCUGCUAAGUAAAGUUAUGGUGAAUGGGUGAAAGCUGAGUGAGUUUGUAUUGUGAAGGGCAUGCAUGGUGAAUGUCGGUAUAAUUAAAUAACAUUAGGUUAGAUUCACAAUCACAACUGUCAUUGCUUUUGUUACUAUUAUUAUAGAUUACAAAAUGAAUGUUUGUUAUGUAUGACGCAAGUUAAUUUCAACUUGUUUUUUUUUAUUUUUAUUUUUAUUUUCAAUGAGAUAAUUAAUUAUGAUUAUACACAAAUAUACCAUCGCUAUUUAUCUUAAGUAAGAAUUCAUUAUGAUUACUUUUAUGCUAAAUAUAUUCAUUGAAUUGUUUGUAAUAAAGGUGGCAACUCAAAAAUUGCAAAAUUUGGUUCAGACUAAAUAGAGGCCGGUAUAGGGGUUAGCAUUAGGCCCGGACAAGCUUUUGGACCAGACCGGUUUUGCAGAAAUUAGUGGACCUUGGACCGGAUCUAUUGAGGCUUACCAUGUCUAGGUUCGGUUUGAAGGUCCAAAUGCUCAUCCCUAGGCUAGUAUAGCAAAAAUAGGAGGUAAUCUAUUACAAGAUCACCAUCUUAACAUCUUUUAGGAAUAUCACAAAAAAAUCGCAUAAACUUUGCAAAAUUAUUAUAACUCAGGUAGCUAUUCCUUUAAGAGCAUAUUCGAUAAAGCUAGUUGGUCAUUGGAAGCUCGAAAUUGUAGCUUCUAUUUGUAUAUGGGUAUGUUGCAAAAGUUUUU